AUGGCCUCAACCACAACCAACGGCGAUGCCACCGCCGUGCUAGACGAACUCAAGCCUCCUGCCGGAGUUGUCCUUCCCCCCCGUGAAAUCCGAAACGUUCUUGAGAAGACUGCGGGCUACGUUGCGCGAAACGGUCUGGUUUUUGAGGACAGGAUUCGCGAGAAGGAGCGUUCCAACCCCAAAUUCAGCUUCCUUAACAACACCGAUGCGUACCAUGCAUUCUAUCAAUGGCGACUAGAUGAGAUCAAAGCCGGUCGUGGUACUGCCAUCGCUGCGGGCCGCGCAAACGAAGCCGCGGCCCCUGCCGAAGAGAAGCCCAAGGGCCCGCCCAAGCCUCCCGACUUUCAAUUCUCCGCUCGCAUGCCCCGAAUCAAUCAAAAGGACCUCGAAGUCAUCCGCUUGACUGCUCUAUUCGUCGCCAAGAACGGCCGUCAGUUUAUGACCCAGCUGGCCCAGCGCGAGGCCGGCAACCCCCAGUUUCAGUUCCUCAUCCCCAAUCACACAUUCCACAACUUUUUCCAGCACCAGGUAGAUCAAUACACGGCAUUAUUGAGGGCCAGUGGACUGGGUGGUGAAGGGGGGAAGUUGGAGCAAGAGCGCAUUGCCUAUCUUCAGCAGAACAUCGAUGACAAAUACCACGUCCUGAGUCGCGCGAAGCAACGCGCCGAAUACUCGAAAUUCCAGGAAAUCGAGAAGAAGAAGAAGGAGGAGGAAGAUGAAAAGAAGAAGCUCGAAUUUGCACGGAUCGACUGGAACGACUUUGUGGUUGUCGAGACAAUCGUUUUCACCGAUGCAGACGAGCAUGCGAACCUUCCGCCCCCAACGAACCUCUCAGAGUUGCAAUACGCGUCACUGGAAGAAAGAAACAAGGCUUCGAUAACCAAUCUCCGCAUCGAAGAGGCUAUGCCCACUGACGAAGAUGCGAACUACAACGCUUACCCGCACACCCCCCACUCCCAAACUCUGCCAGUGCAUACGGGGUAUGCGCCCCAGCAGGCGUAUCAGGCACAAGCUCCGGCAGGACACCAGUCAUACCAGAACGGGCCCCCACAGCGUUCAGCAGAAGAAGAGGAAGAAGAGCGAAGGAUCCAAGAAAGAACGGAAGCGCGCAAUCGGGAGCAACAAGCGCGGGCUGAGGCACGUGGAGGUUCUGCUCCGAUGAAGAUUAAGGAGAACUACGUGCCAAGAGCACUGCAGCGUGCGGCCAACAAGCAGAGUGUCCAGAUGGCGCUAUGCCCGAACUGCAAGCAGCAAAUCCCCAUGGAUGAGCUUCAAGAUCACAUGAGAAUCGAACUUCUGGAUCCUCAAUGGAAGGACCAGAAAGCAAAGGCGGAAGCAAGAUACGCCACGACCAAUCUGUCCACGGCAGACGUUGCGAACAACUUAAAGCGCCUGGCAAGCCAGCGAAGCGACGUGUUUGAUGGCGUUACCGGUCAUCCUAUAUCUGAAGAAGAAGCUUCCCGCCGAAAGAAGGCUGCGAUCCACAGCUUUGACGGCAAUCCAGAAGGGAAGAGCCAAGCGCACAUCAGCCACCUUCACAAUCUGAACGUCGAGGAGCAAAUCCGUGCUAUUCACCAGAGGUUUGCCGACAAGAAGUAG